GGAAUCGCCACUGUCCCGGCUCUUCUCUCCCUGUCCCGCCUUCCCCGCCGCCCGCCCCACUGGCCAGUCCCCACGCCCACACGCCCAAGGCUGCCUCAUCUGGCACUGAUUAUCCCCGCUGCUGCUGCUGCCGCUGCCGCUGCCGCUGCUGCUGCUGCUGCUACACUCAGCUGCUGCCUCUGUCUUGAGGACCCCAGUGCCUCUCCCUCGGGCCAUGCUGCCUACUACCACAGCCUCCCUCUUGGGGCCCCUCCUCACUGCCUGGGCUCUGCUGCUGCCUUUCACCCAGGGCCAGAGCCCCAACUACACCAGACCUGUGUUCCUGUGUGGAGGGGAUGUGACUGGGGAGUCGGGUUACCUGGCAAGCGAGGGUUUCCCUAACCUCUACCCCGCCAAUAAGGAGUGCGUCUGGACGAUAACGGUCCCUGAGGGCCAGACUGUGUCCCUCUCCUUCCGAGUCUUUGACCUGGAGCUGCACCCAUCCUGCCGUUAUGACGCUCUGGAGGUCUUUGCCGGGCCUGGAACCUCAGGCCAGCGGCUCGGACGCUUCUGCGGGACCUUCCGCCCAGCGCCCUUAGUCGCCCCCGGCAACCAGGUGACCCUGAGGAUGACAUCGGACGAGGGCACGGGAGGACGAGGCUUCCUGCUCUGGUACAGCGGGCGGGCCACCUCAGGCACUGGCCCCCGCCCAGGCGCGAGGCGGAAAUGGGUCACCGACCCGCGGGUGGAAUGGGCGGCCUGGGGUUACUGGGACGAGCACCAAUUUUGCGGGGGGCGGCUGGAGAAGGCCCAGGGAACCCUGACCACGCCCAACUGGCCCGAGUCCGAUUACCCCCCGGGCAUCAGCUGUUCCUGGCACAUCAUCGCGCCCCCGGACCAGGUGAUCUCACUGACCUUCGGGAAGUUUGACCUGGAGCCCGACUCCUACUGCCGCUACGAUUCGGUCAGCGUGUUCAACGGCGCCGUGAGCGACGACGCCAAGCGGCUGGGGAAGUUCUGCGGCGACACAGCCCCGGGUCCCAUCUCCUCCGAAGGGAACGAGCUCCUCGUCCAGUUCGUCUCGGACCUCAGCGUCACGGCCGACGGCUUCUCGGCCUCCUACAGGACCCUGCCGCGGGGCGCCACCGAAGGAGGGCCAGGCCCGGGCCCCAAGCCCGGAGUCGGGCCCAAAGUCAAGCCCGAAGUCCCACCUGAGGAGAAACCGAAGGCCGCGCCUAAGGCAGAGGCAACUCCGGUGGGCCCCGAUGCACCCAGUGUCUCCUGCCCAAAACAGUGCCGGCGGGCAGGCACCUUGCAGAGCCACUUCUGUAACAGCGACCUGGUGGUGACGGGAAUGAUGAAGUCCAUGGUUCGGGGCCCAGGGGAGGGCCUCACAGUCACUGUCAGUCUCACUGGUGUUUACAAAACCGGAGGCCUGGACCUGCCCUCUCCCCCCACUGACACCUCCCUGAAGUUCUAUGUGCCAUGCAAGCAGUGCCCCCCCAUGAAGAAAGGAAUCAGUUAUCUGCUGAUGGGCCAGGUGGAAGAAAACAGAGGUCCGAUCCUUCCUCCAGAGAGCUUCGUGGUUCUCUACCGGCCCACCCAGCACCAGAUCCUCACCAACCUCAGCAAGAGGUGCCCUUCCAAGCCUGUUCAGGCUGCUGGAUCCCAAGCCUGAGCCCAGGCCAGCCUCCGGACCCUGGCCCUAGGGACCCCUUUCUUAUCCAAAUAAAUGUUUCUAGACUUGA